UGAAAAUAUUCAUCUUACAUGGUUUAAUUUUAAGUCUUGUGUUUAUUUACUUUUAAGAAAAAUGUGAAAGAAAUUCAGCUAAAAUCUACUUUUAUUUUAAUCUUUCCAUUAGAAAAAAUAGAACUGCAAUGAUAAAUCAGAAUUAAAUAACUGUAAUAGCAAUGUCGAAUCAGGUAGCCGCUUUCGUAGCGGGUUUAAAAUCCCGAAAUGUGGAUGUCCAGACGAAAACCGCCAGAGAGCUGUAUCACUAUGCCAAGACCGAACUUCGAGAAGUCCCACAAGAGGAGCUUACCCAAUUUCUCGAUGAAUUUAAUCACCAAAUAUUUGAAAUGGUUUCUAGCAAUGAUGUCCAUGAAAAAAAAGGCGGUGUGCUUGCCAUAGUAUGUCUUAUUGGAGGUGACUGUGACACAACAAAAACUAGAAUAACAAGAUUUGCAAACUAUCUUAGGAACCUACUACCAUCAUCAGAUGCAGGUGUAAUGGAAUUAGCUGCAAAAACAGUUGGGCGAUUGGCUACAGUGUCAGGAGUGAAACGGGCAGAAUAUGUUGAAUUUGAAGUUAAAAGAGCUUUUGAGUGGCUGUCAGAAGAAAGAAAUGAGGGUAGACGUCAUUCAGCUGUAUUAUUAUUAAAAGAGUUAGCCAUAGCUAUGCCCACAUAUUUUUAUCAGCAAGUAUCAGGAUUUUUUGACCAUAUCCUUGUUGCCUUAAAAGAUCCUAAACAGCAAAUACGAGAAGCUGCAGCCAAAGCUUUAAGAGCUGGUUUAGUGGUCACAGCACAGAGGGAAACUGCAAAACAGUCAACUGCAAAACCUCAGUGGUACAUGCAGUGCUGUGAAGAAGCAAUGUUGAGCUUUGAAGAAGUUACUAUUAAAGAAAAAGGGUCAACAAAAGAAGACAGAGUACAGGGAGGCCUUUUAAUUCUAAAUGAACUGUUUAGGUGUUCAAAUGCCACAUGGGAGACAAAGUAUACACAUUUAAUGAGAAGUAUAGAUACACAGCAGGACAUAAUAGUAUCAGAUGACAUUAUUUUUAUAAGUAGUAAGCUUCACAGUCCAUCAGUCAAGAGAGGGUACCUGUGUGAUGGUUUUAAAACCGAAAAUGUCCAGUACCCAGUUCCUAUUUAUGAAUCUGAAGUAUGUAAAAAACUUCUGUCUGAAAAAAUUGAAAGGAUAUUUCAUGAUGUUAUGGCCCAAAGACACUUAAAACUCCAAGGUGUACCACAAAUUCUGCUGAUCAUAAUCCCUCGAUUGGCUGCUUUCAAUAAAGAGUUGUUUUUGAGAAAGUAUCUUAAUUCUACAAUGCAUUACUUACUCACCUCAAUCAGAAGCCGGAACAUGGCAUUUACAACUUUGGGAUUAAUGGCUGCAGCUCUGGAAGGUGAUAUAAGAAACUUUAUACCUAGAAUUAUGGAAGUUAUUAAACAAGCCCUGCCAGUCAGAGACACCUUAACAAAGAAAAAAGGUUGGAUAGAUCCCUCUAUCUUUGCUUGUAUAACACUUUUAAGUAGUGCUGUCAAAGAUCUUGUAAUAACUGAUAUCAAAGAGUUACUAGAUGCUCUUUUUGCAACUGGUUUGAGCCCCUCGUUAACUAUCUGCUUAAAGGAAUUGAGUGAGAACUUACCCUCUCUAAGAGAAGAAAUAUCUCAAGGCCUUUUAAAUAUGCUCUCUUUAGUGUUAAGAAAUAAACAAUUUUUGCACCCUGGGGUGCCAAGAAGCUUAGAACAACAGAUGAGUAAUAGUGUUAGUCUUGUAGUAGAGCCACAGGAUCCGGCUAGUAUAGUCCUAGCAUUGAGGACCCUUGGCACUUUUAAUUUUGAAGGGCACCAUAGCCUCUUGAUGUUUGUGAAGAGGUGUGCUGAUCAUUUCUUGCAGAGUGACCAGCAAGAAAUUAGAGUGGAAGCUGUCAAAACAUCAGCUAAGCUUUUGGCCGAUGCUGCAUAUAGAACAAGAGACGAACCGUCAAAAACUCUCACUAUGCUAACAGCAGAAGUUGUUGGUAAGAUGCUGAUUGUUUCAGUAACUGACCCAGACUAUGAGGUGAGGUAUUGGGUUCUCGAAUCUCUGACGGAAAUUUUUGACACACAUUUAGCACAGAUAGAAAACCUCAGCUUUCUGUUCAUAGCUAUGAAUGAUGAACAUUUGGAAAUAAGGGAGUUAGCUAUUUGUAUGAUUGGAAGAUUGAGUACUGUCAAUCCGGCGUAUGUGAUGCCUGGCUUGAGAAAGACACUUAUACAAUUUCUAACUGAAUUAGAACAUUCUGGAAUGAGUCGCAACAAAGAACAAGCUGCUAGAAUGUUGGAUAAUCUUAUUCUACAUGCACCGAAGCUUGUGAAACCGUACAUGGAGACGAUUCUCAAUGUUUUAGUUCCAAAGCUUAAAGAACCGGACGUGAAUCCGGGCGUUGUAAUAAGUGUACUAAAAGCAGUUGGAGAUUUGGCUGAUGUGCACGGUGAUAACUCUGGAUUACGAAAAUGUCUUCCCGAGCUUUUGACAAUUCUACUUGACUUGCUCUCCGACGCAACUGCGACUGAAAAGCGCAGUGUAGCCCUGUGGGCGUUUGGACAACUCAUCAGUGCAACAGGAUAUGUUGUAACACCUUAUACUGAUUAUCCGAACCUCAUGGAUGUACUACUCAAUUUCCUUAAAACUGAACAGCAACCUAAGGAUAGGCGUGAAACAAUUAGGGUUUUGGGCCUCCUCGGUGCUUUGGAUCCUUAUAAACACAAAUUGACAAAGUAUAGGAAAGAUGGCCAACCGAACUCAAGUUUGGUACCCGUUGCUGAUAGCAAAGCAGAGGAAAAUAACUUUGACGUAUCGUCAAGUGAAAUGCUGGUAUUGAUGCCGACAGCCGUAUUAGAUGAAUACUAUCCUGCUAUAGUAAUCUCAACAUUAAUGCGCAUUUUACGUGACCCAACCCUUCAGCAACACCAUACAAGUGUGGUUCAGGCAGUGACCUUUAUUUUCCAAUCGCUGGGUAUUAAAUGUGUUCCAUAUAUAUCCCGGGUUACUCCAAGUCUGUUGUAUGUCGCCCGCGCAACAGACAGUAACAGCUUUCGUGAAUUUCUCUUUACCCAGUUGGCGAAAUUGAUUGCCAUAGUGAAGCAACAUAUUCGAAAUUAUUUGGAUAAAAUCUUUGAGCUUAUCAAAGAAUUCUGGACACCCAACAGCCCUCUGCAACCAACCCUAAUUUUACUUGUAGAACACAUUGCAAUCGCCCUAGGAUCAGAGUUUAAGGUGUAUGUACCACAAUUGAUGCCGCAAAUCCUUCGCGUUUUAGCGCACGAUACCAGUAAAGAACGAGUCGUAACGGAAAAACUAUUAUAUGCUUUACAAAAAUUUGAAGACAAUCUUGAUGAUUAUAUGCAUUUGGUCAUUCCAUCGAUCGUGAAACUUUUUGAUGCAAAUGACUGCCCUAUCCCUGUAGCCAAAGUCGCAAUGGAGACGGUUGACUAUCUAUCUGAUUCAUUGAACUAUAGCGAACUGGUUUCUAGAAUAAUCCAUCCCAUAGUUCGAAGUUUGGAUAGCUGUUAUGCCUUAAGAACUACAGCGAUGGAUACAUUAUGUGCACUAAUAGUUCAACUCGGUCGAAAAUACAAUGACUUCAUACCCCUCGUGCAAAAAGUGGUUGUUAAACACAGGAUUCAGCAUCAGAAUUAUGAAAAUUUGUUGCUGAAUUUGCAAACUACACAAUCAUUGGCAUUAGAUGAAUAUCUUCAGGGUACCAGGCGAAAACCAAAGAAUAAUAAUCAAGAGGCACGCAUAGCUGUUUGUGAUACAUCGAAUUCCAUUCGAAAGUUGUAUGUAAAUGCUCACAGUCUGCAAAUUGCUUGGACUGUCAGUAGUCGAGUGUCAAAAGACGAUUGGUUGGAGUGGCUUCGGCGGUUCAGUAUUGGAUUGUUAACGGAAUCCCACAGCCCUGCUCUAAGAGCUUGUCUAGCGUUGGCACAUAACUACUCCCAAUUACUACGCGAUCUGUUUAAUGCAGCCUUUGUGUCGUGUUGGACAGAAUUAGAUAGUCGAUCACGGACCGAAUUGUCUAAUGCCCUGGAACAGGCUCUGACCGCACCCGAUGCGCCGGAAUUAGCUCAUACUGUACUGAAUUUGGCAGAAUUUAUGGAACACUGUGAAGGUGGAGCUCUUCCAAUAUCGACACACCUUUUGGGUGAAUGGGCUAUGCAUUGUAGAGCAUAUGCAAAGGCUCUGCAUUAUAAAGAAGAAGAAUUUAGAACAGGUGCAACUUCACAAGUUGUAGAAGCUCUGAUUCACAUAAACAAUAAACUACAGCAAAAAGAAGCAGCGGAAGGCCUUCUCGAAAGAGUUAUGACCCAGAGAGAGGCAGGAAACACCAGUUUGAAGGUGCAAAUCCGUUGGUACGAGAAAUUGCACAACUGGGAAAAGGCACUCAACCUCUAUGAAGAAAAGUUACCAGAAGGCGAUAUAGAAGUCUGUCUUGGAGAGCUUCGCUGUUUCGAGGCAUUGGGAGAGUGGACAAAGUUGUAUACCAGCGUGUCCAACAGUUGGACUAAUAUGACUGACGAUGAAAAGUUCAAAGCCGCAAGAUUGGCGGCGGCAGCGUCAUGGGGUCUCAACGAAUGGGAUUCCAUGUCUAACUACGUCAACUUUUUGCCUGAAAACACACAAGAUGGCGCUUUCUACAGGGCUGUAUUGAACAUUCAUAACCAAGAUUAUACUACGUCCAAGUUAUACAUCGAUCAAGCACGAACGAUACUUGAUUCCGAAUUAACAGCCGUCGCCGGUGAGAGCUACCAAAGAGCAUACGGCGCUUUAGUUAAUGCACAGCUCUUGGCUGAACUAGAAGAAGUAAUUACAUACAAACUUGUCCCAGAACGGAGAGAGUCUAUACGACAAGCUUGGUGGACCAGGCUUCAAGGGGGGCAGAGAUUAGUCGAGGAUUGGCGCAAAAUACUACAAGUGCGUGGUUUAGUAUUGACGCCACAGGAAGAUAUGGCCACUUGGCUCAAAUUCGCCUCAUUAUGCAGAAAAAGUGGCGCACCUCGUCAAGCUCAUAAGACUCUAGUGAUGCUGUUGGGUAUAGAUCCAAGUGAAAACAGAGAUAUGCCACUUCCAACCCACGAACCGAGGUUAACACUUGCGUAUGCCAAGCAUUUGUGGGUGGCUGGAGAUAAGCAAUUGGCAUACGAUCAGCUACAGCGAUAUGUGGAGAAUGUUGACACAGUACACUCCCGUCUCCUCGCUAGAUGCCACUUGAAAUUAGGCUCCUGGUGCGAAUCUUUACUCGGUAUUAACGAGCAGUCUAUCAAGAAAAUCUUGGAAAACUACGAAAAAGCAACCGAACACGCCACUGAUUGGUAUAAAGCCUGGCACGCCUGGGCCUACAUGAACUUCGAGACGGUGUUGUUUUAUAAACACAAAGAAGAUAACCCCGACGCGAGCGCGGUGAACCCUGAUGAUACAGUACAGAGACAUACGGUUCCAGCUGUCGAAGGGUUCUUCAAAUCAAUAAAUUUGUCUCAUGGAAGUUCGCUUCAGGAUACGCUUAGACUACUGACUCUGUGGUUCGACUACGGUCACCAUCCUGCGGUACACGAAGCGCUAGUCGAAGGAAUCAGAACGAUCGAAAUCAAUGUCUGGCUGCAAGUUAUACCGCAACUGAUUGCAAGAAUCGAUACUCCCAGACCGUUAGUUGGGAAACUGAUUCAUUCCCUCCUAAUAGACAUAGGAAAAUCGCAUCCCCAAGCCCUAGUUUAUCCUCUGACUGUAGCUUCAAAAUCUUCAUUUGUUGACCGCAAAAAUGCCGCUAAUCAAGUAUUGAAAUCGAUGUGCACACAUUCAAGCAACUUGGUCAGCCAGGCAGCGAUGAUAUCCGAGGAACUGAUUAGAGUCGCCAUCCUGUGGCAUGAACAAUGGCACGAGGCUUUGGAAGAGGCUUCGAGGCUGUACUUCAGCGAGCAUGACGUGAAAGCAAUGUUUAAGACCUUGGAACCUUUGCAUGCGAUGCUGGAACGCGGGCCGAAGACGUUAAAGGAAAUAUCGUUUAACCAAGCUUAUGGCAAAGAUCUUAUUGAGGCACAGGUGUGGUGCAAUAGAUUUAAGGAAUCCGGUCAAGUUCGUGACCUGAACCAAGCAUGGGACCUCUACUAUCACGUCUUUCGCCGCAUCAGCCGGCAAUUGCCGCAACUGACGUCAUUAGAGCUACAAUAUGUCAGUCCAAGCCUUUUGGGCUGUCGGGACUUGGAGUUGGCUGUUCCGGGGUCAUACGUGCCUGACCACGAUCUAAUACGCAUUGCGCAUAUACAGAGCAGUUUGCAGGUCAUAUCAUCGAAACAGCGGCCGCGCCGUCUCUGCAUUCGCGGAUCAAACGGAAAAGACUACAUGUUCCUAUUAAAAGGCCACGAAGAUCUACGCCAAGAUGAAAGAGUGAUGCAACUCUUUGGCCUCGUCAAUACUCUUCUUCAGGCCGACCCUGACACCUUCAGGCGAGACCUGGCCAUACAGAGAUACGCUGUUAUUCCCCUGUCAACUAAUUCUGGAUUAAUAGGCUGGGUACCGCACUGCGAUACUUUGCAUUCACUGAUAAGAGAUUAUAGGGAUAAGAGGAAAAUACUUCUAAACAUUGAGCACAGGAUCAUGCAGAGGAUGGCGUCCGAUUUGGAGAAGCUCAUGUUAAUGCAAAAGGUGGAAGUAUUCGAGCAUGCCCUUGAACACACAGCUGGAGAUGACCUCGCGAAAUUGCUGUGGCUUAAAAGUCCAUCAUCAGAGGUCUGGUUCGAGCGUCGAACCAACUACACCCGUUCCCUCGCUGUGAUGAGUAUGGUGGGGUAUAUCCUCGGAUUGGGAGACAGACAUCCAUCCAAUAUUAUGUUAGAUAGAAAAACGGGGAAGUUCCUACAUAUAGACUUUGGGGAUUGCUUCGAAGUGGCGGUAACCAGAGACAAAUUCCCAGAGAAGAUACCGUUUAGAUUGACCAGGAUGCUGAUUAAUGCUAUGGAGGUAACAGGAAUCGAAGGAACAUACAGACGGACAUGCGAAUCAGUGAUGGAGGUGUUACACCGACACAAAGACAGUGUUAUGGCAGUACUUGAAGCGUUCGUCUACGACCCCUUACUGAAUUGGAGACUCAUAGACGCGGGGAGGAGAUCCAGAACCGAUGUGGAAUCUGGUGAUGGCUCACCACAACCAACUAGAAGCAAAGUAACGGUGGACGAUCAGCCAUCUGAAACGAACCUUAAUAAGCGGGCGCUUGCUAUUGUGAAUCGGGUUAGGGAUAAAUUGACGGGAAGAGAUUUUCCCCAUAUAGAUGAUAAUAGUGUAUCGGUCCAACUGCAGGUGGAUCUGUUGAUUCAACAGGCAACGAGUAAUGAGAAUCUUUGUCAGUGUUAUGUCGGUUGGUGCCCGUUCUGGUAAGGUACCAAAUGUGUCUAAAGGUAAAAAAUGGUGUCAAAUGUUAACGUUUUUUUGUUUUUUUUUUUUUUGGUGGUCUUGAUUGUUGUAACUAUUUAUCUCUGGUUUUUCAUUCGGUAGAAUUCUGACAUGUCAUUAGUGUUGCUACUAAAAAAUAUUCACCGAAAAAGGGACAAAUUUUACCCAUUAGAGGGUAAUAAAUAAAAAAUGAUUGUUUUUAUGUUUUACUUACAAAAAUGUAAAUAUAAAUCACUUACUCAAUUAAUCUAAUGCAAUAAUGAUAUUUCAAUAUCACGAACAAUAUAUCGAAUAAACUUUAUUUUAUUCUGUAGCUGGAAUAACUGCCAACUAAAUUCAGGUUUAGUGAACCUUUAAAAAACUUGUGCGUUUUAUACUGUUUGUGAUGAAAAGGGACGUAAUUAUCAUUCGCCGUUAAAACAUUUUAAAUGUGGAGCACCGCACGUAAUAAAAUGGAUACAUUCACUACCAAAUAAAAUGUAAAUAAAAAAAUGUAAAACAGAUGAUGUCUGAUAAAAAAAUGUGCCCGGCUAAAAAGGUUUGCCAUCUCUGACAUGCCAAAAAAUAAUAGCUUUCAGAAUGCUACGGAAUUAAAAAUCAGAGUAUAUGUAUAAAAGUGAUGUUUUGCCGAUGUCUUUAUAUAACCAUAGGGUUUAUUUUAAUGACUUUUUAUAUUGGAGAAGUGUUGACCUAGUGGCAUCACCGUGCGACUGUCAACCCGAGGUCGUAGGUUCGAUCCCCGGCUGUGCACCAAUGGAUUUGCGCAUUUAACAGUCGCUCGAACUUCUUCGUGAGGAAACAGGCUUGCCUUAGACCCAGAAAGUCGACGGCGUGUGUCAGGAGCCAGGCCACCUACUUGUCUAUUGAUUGAUUCAUCAUACACUGGUAAGGUUUUAGCGCCAGCGAUUUAUUUAUUUAUAUAUUAACACUUCGAUACAUUACAAUAUAAAAAUUGAGCAUAGUUAAAUUGCUUUCGAGCGAUCUCUUCCAGGCAGCCACUAUUUCUUUUUUAAUUUUGUUUAUUAACAUACAUGCAAAAUCAAGUUUAAGUCGUUAGCAACACCAAGCUUGGAUCCUCUUAAAUCUGCUUUUUGGACCCAAAACUAAUAUAGUCAAUGCCUUGAAAACUUCACUUAUAUAUAGCUGCACCUGUUGUUUUGCUUGGUAAAUAGAAAUGUUGACGAUUAUUUUGGAUGUAUUUAGACGAUGUAUUUCCGGCUGGAGUAAAUGGAUGACAUUGGGUCGAACAAAUUGGUGGCACUGUAUCAAUUUGAUGAUUUAACGUAAUUUGUGAUAUUUGUGGCGGAAUGUGUGAUAUAAAUAAGAUCAAAGAUCAUAUUUGUGCCGAUUAAGAAUCCGCUUUUUAUAUUGGUUAAUAUUUACAUUUUCUUAAAUUCAGUCUCUUAUUUUAGCUGCGACUAAAAUUAUUGUUCGUAGCAAUAACAUAAAUUAAAUAGAUACAUUCUUUAUUAUGCAAUAAAAAUAAUACUUAGUGGUUUUGUAACAUUUAAACCAAUUAUAUGUAUGUAAAACUU